CCCGUGUCACCGCUUGCGUCAGACGGCAGGAGGGAGUUUUCCACUGACGAAAAAGGCUGCGCUGCUGAGCAGGCUGGAUCAGACAAGGGGAGGCUUCAGCUGGUACGGUACUCAUACAAUAGCGAGACAAAAAAGCCAGCAGUCUAUGCAAGCAUAAGCGCAAUUCUUUGGAUUUCAGUAUACUAUCACUAUAUUUCACUGACGGAUUUCUUGUCGUUUUACUAAUGGUGAACGGAUACUUGAACCCCUGAUUGUCCAGCUAUCACAAUAUCGCCAUGAGCGGCAUUCUCAAGAGAAAAUUUGAGGAGGUCGACGAAGACCCCUGCUGCUCCUCGUCCUCGCCCUCCUCUCUCUCCUCCUCGGCCUACUCCGAGUGGGACUCGGAUGGAGAGAGCUGCUCCUCGGAAGCCCUGGAUUCCAGGCCCAGCAGCCCCAGCUCUUCCGCAAUGCAAUUUCCCUUCACAUCCAUCCUGAAGAAAGCCAAGCGGGCGAGGAGGGGCAACGUGCAGUUUGACCAGGUGACGGUUUUCUACUUCCCGCGGUGCCAGGGCUUCACCAGCGUGCCCAGCCGCGGCGGUUGCACGCUGGGCAUGGUGCGCCAGCACAGCGCCCGCCGCCAGUACACCCUGGCCGAGUUCGCGGACAAGCAGCGCAGGCUCCGCCGAGAGAAGCUGAAGCAGCGGCUGAAGGAAGAGAAGCUGGAGGCCCUGAAGCUGAAGCUGACCAAGAACGGCACCCAGGAGUCCGAGGAGGCCGAGCGGCUGACCACGGACGACAUACCGGAGGACGAGAUCGACAUCAGCGGCGUGGACCUGGAGGACGGCUUCACCCUCCACCCGUACCCGUCCAAGAUGCGGCACACCCUGCUCAAGAGCGCUGGCGUCAAGAAGGUGGACAAGGAGGAGAAGCGGCAGCUCCACGACCUCCGCCUCUCGCGGGAGGACUGCGGCUGCAGCUGCCAGGGCUUCUGUGAGCCCGAGACCUGCGCCUGCAGCCUGGCCGGCAUCAAGUGCCAGAUGGACCACUCCUCUUUCCCAUGUGGCUGCACUAAAGACGGAUGUGGGAACACGGAGGGCCGCAUCGAGUUCAACUCCAGCCGGGUGCAGACACACUACAUCCACACCAUCAUGAAGCUGGAGCUGGAGAAGCGGCUGGAGGAGAGCUCGGACAUCAGCGGGCGGGCACAGGAGGUGGCCCUGCCCGAGGGCGCCCCCGACAUCCCCGCCUGCCCCUCCUUCCACUUCAGCUCAAAUCUGGCAGUGGCGGGCGAGAACAGCUGCAGCAGCGACAUGACCGACUCGUCCAGCUCCUCGUGCCAGACCGAGGACUCAGAGUCCGGAGGCAGCCCCCGGCCCUGCCAUCCCCAGCUGGACGUGGACGACGACGGGCUGGCCCGCAUCCUCAGCUUCAGUGACUCUGACAACGAGGACUGCUCUGGCGGAAGCGGGGGCGACCGGCUCGGCCAGCGGCCCCUGGCCGGCACGGCGGGCUUCUUCAAUGACAACGACAGCGCCACUGGGCCCGGCUCGGCGGUUGAGCAAACGGACAACCGAAGUCUGUCGAUCUCCGAGUUCCUGGACGAAAACGCAAACCAGGCCUGUGCGCUCUUCCAGAGCGGCCCGGUCCCCCACACCCCUUCCCCUUCCAUCGAUCACUCGUCCAGCUACAUGGACCUCAGCCUGUCCUCAGAAUCUGACUUGGAGUUCCUGGACGGCUUCCCCGAUUACAGCCCCAGUCCGCUGUACCACUCGCUGAGGGAUUAUGAGAACCUGGACAACUAUUUUCAUUUCCAGUUGCCUAGCUAUCCCAGCCUCCCCCAGACAAGUGACUCAGGCACCUGCUUCCUGGAAUCCCUGAUUGGCUUGUCAGAAUCUGUCCCAGAACCUCCUGCUACUUUUACAGACAAUCAGCUCUUGGAAGAAGCCAUUAAGUCAUCAGUAAUGGAAUCUGUAAAGGUUUAAUGGGGGGAAAAAGCAAAAUAGACAUUAUAAUAUAUUGGCUGAGGACUGUACAUGUAUACUUUUUACAAAUGUAUGUGUUAAUUUAAGGAAGCUGUGAUCUCCCCUCCUCUUCUUGUUCAAAUAUUUCUCUUUGCCUUUCAAAUGUUAGUAAAGGAGUCCAUCAUCAGAGCUAUAUAACCUGGCAGCUAACAUGUUGUGUACAGAAACGUGAAAAGGUCAUUCAAACCUUUAAGCUAUCAGUGACCUUUGGCUGAUAUCCUAUCCUGAGAAGCUUUGUACCGCACUCGGUACUCCUCCAGUGCCCCACAAAGAGUCACCACUUUAUUUACACGUAGAGAUUUGUUUUGGGGGCAUUUUGAAUUCUCAUUGAUUGUGCACCUCAGGGACUCUUUAAAGCUCUUUGAAGCAAUGAAUUGUGACUGUCGCUGUGAUGGGAUCCGGGUCUGUUUCAUGUGUGAACUUCCCUCCCACCGCCCCAAAUCACAGCAUCCGUCAGUCUGGUUUCAGCUGAUGGGUUUACCCCCCUACAUUUCAUCCUAAAACUGGAAAUGUAUUUUCCCACAAUGAUUUGGUAUGGUACACAAAGCCCCCCUUGUCCAUAAGUUGCAGAUCAGCACUUUACCUGUGAGAAUAUUGAGAACUGGUCCAAGUUCUGGCAGAAAUGUUUUUUCCUUUCUGCCUUUGAAGUUGUCCUUGGGCAGUACUAUUUAUGGUGUUGGGUCAACAGUGCAAAGGGUUUACAUAAUACACUAUACUGAGCAUUUUAUUUAUUAUGAACUACCAUAUAUAUUACAGCUGAAGCUCGUAUUAAGAUAAAAAUACCUAAUAUAACUGUAAUACCUCAAAAGUAUUACAUAAUGUUUUAAUUUAUUUGUAUGUAUAUUUAUUUUGCCAAUCACCAGACAAAACAGAUUCAAGUAGCACUGCAGUUGGAUAUUAUGACCCAAAAGUGCAACACCUCUUUCCCAAGACUAAACACAAUGAUCAUGUUUACCAUUUUCGGAAAAAAUACCCAAGUGUUUGGGUUUCUGUGGGGGAACAACUUGGAAUUGAAAUGUCCAUUGAAAGAUAUUUAAGAGCCUAUUUUGUUGCAAUUUAAAAAUAAUCAUUUCAAUUAAAUUAUUUUUCAUUUAUGUCAUUUAAGUUAUUGAAUUUGCUGAUAAUUUGUCAUCUGCUAAAAGGUGACUUAAUGUGCCUGUUGUGCAGAGGAACCAUGUUUGUUAGUUCAGUGUAAACAAAGGGCCUUAUUUAGCUGUUGGACUGAGAACUGUGUAGCCUUCCUUUUCACUAAAUCAAAAAUUUUGGGUCUGUCACAUUUAAUAGUUAAAUAUUAUAGGCAAUUCUCUAAUGUUUUGUAACUAAAUUGUAUAAAUUAAAUCAAAAUUCUAAUCUGUAUUACUGACAAAAAAUAUUUUACUAGUAAAAAUAUAUAAAUCUUUUUGCAGAUUUUGAAACCUUUGUAAUAUAUGAAUUAUAUAUAUAUAUAUAUAUAUAUAAAUGAAGCUAUUGCUGUCUGGCAAAAAGCAUUUCAAGUUUUAUAGUCAAAUGAGAUGCAGAUAUUGGAAUUCCUAUUUUAGUCUAAGUAAUUCCACCAAAAAUAUAAAGUAUGAUUAAGCUGUAUUUAGUAUCUUUCGGUGAACAUAGCUGAGUUCAUAUGAACAAGGUAUGUACAUUUUUGGUUUUGCAGUUUUGUGAAAAUACAAAUUUUAUGCAACUUUUUUACAGCUUUUCUUGUGCCAAUCUUUGAUUAAUAGAACUGCAAAAAGAAUAUCUGCUAUAAAUGGCAAUAAUGCAUUAAGCCUACAAUGACAACAAGCUGAGAUGGGGCACUACAUAUGAAACUACUGUACAUAUCUGACCUAUGCUAAAGCUAUCUUUAAAUCUAAUUUGUAUCUUAUAGGAAUUGCGCAUAUAUACGGACCCUAAACUUCAAUUUUUAGUUGAAACAUUCCAAGGCUUCCCUGUAUACAGUUUACUUUGAAAAGUGCAAAACGAAACAUUGGAAAUAUACUUGCUUUUGCCUUCAUAUGGUUUCCGUAUAAUUUAUUUCAUUUAUUUUCAGUGCCAACAAGAAGGCACUUUUUGUAAAUACUUUCUUCCCUUGUAUAAAUGUAUUGCUGGUUAUGAAGAAAUGAAAAAUAUGGAUAUUUAUUAAUGUAACAAUUAUUCUAUGUAUUGAACUCUGAGGCUUUGCUUAAUACUUUUAUUACUUCUGCCUUUUAUGUUGUACAUAUGUGUUUUUCUGUUUGUUAUUUUCUGCUUAAAUGGUACUGCCGAGUUACAUGCUGCUUUUUUACUUUUACAUUUGCAUUGUAAACAGACUGUUUAUAAAAGCCGUUUUCAUUUCAUCAAAGCAAUUUGACAAUGUUUCUAUCGCUACAAAUAAAUGUUCAGCCUUUUCAUAAAUGA